AUGGGCGAAAUGUCCUCCAAGUCCGGCUGGUGGGCCUGGUCAACCAAGAAGAAGGUUCUCAUCUUUGGGACCAUCGCUUUGGUCAUCGUCGCGCUGGGUGUUGGUCUCGGUGCAGGACUCGGCAUCGGCUUGAAGAACAGCGGAGACGACGACAACGAUAGUGGUGACAGUGGUGACAACACCGGUAGCGGUACCAACACUACCACCCCCACCAAUACGACCGUGAAAUGGCAGCCCGCCGCCGGCACCAAGUGGCAAAUCGUGCUGAAGUACCCACUGAACGACACCUCCAUUGACGCGCCCGUCUACGACAUCGAUCUCUUCGACAACCCCAAGUCCAUGAUCUCCGAACUGCAGGGUAUGGGCCGCAAGGUUAUUUGCUACUUCUCUGCUGGAACUUACGAAGACUGGCGCUCCGACGCAGAUGAUUUCGCGAAGGCCGACAUUGGCAAGGGUCUCGACGAGUGGGCCGGCGAGAACUGGCUGAACAUCUCGUCCACAAGUGUGCGCAAGAUCAUGCAGAAGCGCCUCGACCUUGCCGUCACCAAGGGAUGUGAUGGAGUUGACCCGGAUAACAUUGAUGGAUAUGAUAAUGAGAACGGGCUCGGCCUCACUGAGGCUAUGUCUAUCAAUUAUGUGAACUGGCUUGCGAAUGAAUCUCACAACCGCGGUCUUUCCGUCGGACUGAAGAACGGUGGGAGUAUCAUUGACUCAGUCAUUGCGAACAUGCAGUGGAGCGUUAAUGAGCAAUGUGCUCAAUACGACGAGUGUGAUACCUAUGCUGCCUUCAUCGAUGCCGACAAGCCUGUCUUUCACAUCGAGUAUCCCAAGGGUGAUGAUACCAACAACGACAAAUCUGUCACCACUAAGCAGGUGACAUCUUCUUGCGAUGCGAACAGCUCAGGCAACUUCUCGACUGUUAUCAAAAACAUGAACUUGAACAACUGGGUUGAGUACUGCCCUUGA